GCAGUUGUUUUUUUCUUUUAACUCAUCAGGGAAUUUGCACGUUGGAAGGUGAGAAAUACUGCUAUCGAGAGAAGGGACCUCAUCCGGAACCCCGUGCCACUCAUGCCUGAGUUCCAGCGCAGCGUACGCUUGCUGGGCCGAAGACCCACCACUCAGCAGUUUAUUGAUACUAUCAUUAAGAAAUAUGGAACCCACAUUCUCAUCUCAGCCACCCUGGGAGGGGAGGAGGCUCUGACCAUGUAUCUGGCCAAGAACAAGCUGGACAGAAAGCUGGUCAAUGCUACGCAGAAUGUGGAAGCCCUCCAUCAGCUGGCAUCAUCCUACUUUAUUGACCGGGAUGGUACAAUGAGGAAGUUGCAUGAGAUCCAGAUCUCCACAAAUGCCAUCAAGGUGACAGAGACACGGACAGGGCCGCUGGGAUGCAGCAGCUAUGACAAUUUGGAUUCGGUUAGCUCGAUCCUCCUGCAGAGCCCUGAGAGCAAGCUUCAUCUGCAAGGCCUUCAGGUCAUAUUCCCAGAAUACCUGCAAGAGAAAUUUGUCCAGUCAGCUCUGAGCUACAUCAUGUGCAACGGAGAGGGUGAAUAUGUGUGCCGCAACAACCAGUGCAUCUGUCAGUGUGCUGAUGACUAUCCCCAGUGCAACUGUCCCAUCACUGACAUCCAGAUCAUGGAAAACACCCUGCUGGUGAUGUCUGAGUCCUGGGCAGCCUCUUAUAAAGAUUUUGAAAACUCUGAUGAGUUCAAGUCAUUCCUGAAGAGACUCCCGUCCACUCAUUUUUUGCCCAUCAGCAGUGUGCAUCUUUUGUGGGGCAGCGACUGGGACCUGCAGGCCCGUUACAGACUCCUUCAGAGUUCCCUGGAGAUCCAGCGGCUCAAAAUCCAGCGCACCGCCCGCAAGCUAUUCAGCCUCAGCAUCCGCUGUCUUCACAAUCCCAGCCACCAAAUGCCAAGAGAGAGAUCUGUGAUGCAGUGGCUCAACAGGGUUCAGUCCUUCCUGUACUGCAAUGAGAACGGGUUCUGGGGGACCUUCCUGGAGAGCCAAAAGGCAUGUGUGUGCCACACAGGUGCAACUUUGUGUCAGCGACCCAUCCCGUGUGUCAUAGGCGGCAACAACAGCUGUGCCAUGUGCAGCCUGGCCAACAUCUCACAAUGUGGCUCCUGCAACAAAGGCUACAAGCUGUACCGCGGCCGCUGCGAGCCGCAGAAUGUGGACUCAGAACGCAGCGAGCAGUUCAUCAGUUUUGAAACCGAUCUGGACUUUCAGGACCUGGAGCUGAAAUACUUGCUGCAGAAAAUGGAUUCACGGUUGUACAUACACACCACUUUCAUCAGCAAUGAGAUCCGGCUGGAGACAUUCUUCGACCCGCGAUGGCGCAAGCGUAUGUCCCUGACUCUGAAAAGUAACAAAAAUCGGAUGGACUACCUCCACAUGAUCAUCGGUUUGUCAAUGAAGAUCUGUCAGAUGCGAAACAGCAGCAUUGAUCCCAUGUUCUUUGUUUAUGUUAACCCAUUCAGUGGCAGCCACUCAGAAGGCUGGAGCAUGCCCUUUGGUGAACACGGUUACCCACGGUGGGAAAAGGUGCGACUGCAGAACUCGCAGUGCUUCAACUGGACCCUCCUGCUGGGUAACAGGUGGAAGACCUUCUUUGAGACUGUGCACAUUUACCUGCGCAGCCGUGCUAAGGUUCCGACUGGCCUCCGUAACGACACGGGACAGGGUCCGGUGGAUCUCGCGGACCCCAACAAGCGGCAGAUCUACAUAAAGAUCUCCGAUAUCCAGGUGUUUGGUUACAGCCUGCGGUUUAACGCCGACCUGCUGCGUAGCGCCGUGCAGCAGGUUAACCAGUCAUAUACACAAGGAACUCAGUUCUACUCGUCCUCAUCUGUGAUGCUACUGCUGCUGGACAUUAGGGAUCGGAUUAACCGCCUAGCCCCCCCUUCUGCACCCGGCAAACCACAGCUGGACCUUUUCUCUUGUAUGCUGAAGCAUAGGCUGAAGCUCAACAACAGCGAGAUGAUUCGAGUGAACCAUGCCUUGGACAUGUACAGCACAGAAAUACUCAAACAAUCAGACCACCUGACUGCAAAACUUUGUUGAGUAAAAACAUUAAUGUUAAGGACGGUAAGCAACAGAGAAACACCCAACUAAUUAACUACAAGGAGAUGUUAGUCUUAUUUUUUUCUCUUUUCUUUUUUGACCUUUUCUGCCUUUUGAUGUAAUAUUAACUUUGUAAGUAUAAUUCUUAAAAAAAAGAGAAAGAGGCAGUGAUGAAAAGCUUUUCUGGCAGAUAAAAAAAAAAAAAAAAUGAAAAAAGAUCAAUGGAAACACUGUAUGGACUGUAUCAUAUUUGUCCCAGCAUGUCUGUAAUUCCCUUAAAGAACCUUAAAAAGAGAACGUGGAGAAAAAAAAAGCAAGUAUAUAUAUGUACUGGAUGAAAAGGAGGCCUUGAUUAUAACAUAAGGGAUCAAAGGUUGCAUCUGAUACUGCCAUUCUUUCUUGAGG